AGGGAAGUCCAGAACGAGCCAGUAAUGGCGGUUCUGCAAAGCCCCUGGCAUUAUAGCGGGUUGAUCCUGCUCUUCAUACUCCUGGGGACGCUGCGGGAGGCCAGGGCCGGGCAGAUCCAUUACUCCAUUCCUGAGGAGCUGGACAAAGGCUCCUUCGUGGGCAACAUUGCCAGGGAUCUCGGGCUGGAGCCCCAGGAGCUGGCGGAGCGCGGAGUCCGCAUCGUCUCCAGAGGUAGGAUGCAGCUCUUUGCUCUGAACUUGCGAAGCGGCAGCUUGGUCACCGCGGGCAGGAUAGACCGGGAGGAGCUCUGCGCUCAGAGGGCUCGGUGUCUGGUGAAUUUUAACAUCCUUGUUGAGGAUAAAUUGAAUCUUUUUCCCGUGGAAGUGGAAAUAGUGGACAUUAAUGACAAUGCACCCCGAUUCUUAAGGGAAGAAUUGGAAGUAAAAAUUAUCGAAAACGCAGCCUUAUCCUCUCGAUUUCCACUAAUGGAGGUCUAUGACCCGGAUGUGGGAGUGAACUCUCUCCAGGGCUUCAAGCUCAGCGAGAACAGUCACUUCUCCGUGGAAAUGCCGGGUAAAGCUGAUGGGCCCAAAUACCCAGAGCUGGUGCUGGAGCGCGCGCUGGACCGGGAGGAACAGGCCGUUUACCGCCUGGUCCUUACUGCCACGGAUGGCGGUGACCCUGCCCGCUCCAGUGUGGCUCGAAUCCUGGUAACUGUCCUAGAUGCAAAUGACAACGCUCCAGUCUUUACUCAGCCUGUGUAUCGUGUGAAUGUCCCUGAAAAUCUACCAGUAGGUACACCAGUGUUGUCGGUAAAUGCCACGGACCAGGAUGAAGGCGCCCACGCGGAAGUAACAUAUUCUGUAGUGAGGAUAACAGAAAAAAUCUCAAAGACUUUCUGCCUGAAUGUUUUGACUGGAGAGAUAUCAACUUCUGCAGUUCUAGACUAUGAAGACACCAGCUUUUAUGAGCUGGAUAUUGAAGCCCGGGAUCGCCCAGGUCUACAAGACAGAGCCAAAGUCUUAAUUACUAUCUUGGAUGUGAAUGACAAUGUACCAGAAGUGGUAGUUACAUCUGGAAGCAGAUCAGUUGCUGAAAGUACACCACCAGGCACAGUGAUCAUUCUUUUUCAAGUAUAUGAUCGAGACUCUGGACUGAAUGGGCUGGUAACAUGUUCUAUCUCAAGAAGUUUGCCAUUUGAACUGGAAAAAUCAGUAGACAAUUAUUAUCGACUAGUGACGAGUACAGUUCUAGAUAGAGAACAGGUAUCCACAUACAACAUCACUGUGACAGCCACCGACAAAGGAAUGCCACCUCUGUCUACAGAAAUGCUCAUCUCUCUAAAUGUGGCAGACAUCAAUGAUAACCCACCUGCUUUUCCCCAUACCUCCUACUCUGUCUACAUUCCUGAGAACAAUCCCAGAGGUGCCUCCAUUUUCUCAGUAACUGCACAUGAUCCUGACAGUCGUGAGAAUGCCCAGGUUACCUAUUCCUUAGCUGAAGACACCAUCCAGGGGGUACCUCUGUCCUCCUACAUCUCCAUCAACUCUGACACUGGCAUCCUGUAUGCAUUGCACUCCUUUGACUAUGAACAGUUCCGUGACCUGCAGUUGAGAGUGAUUGCAAGUGACAGUGGGGACCCACCACUCAGCAGCAAUGUGUCUCUGAGCAUAUUUGUGCUGGACCAGAAUGACAAUACACCUGAGAUUCUGUACCCCAUCCUCCCUACUGAUGGCUCUACUGGUGUGGAGCUGGCACCCCGCUCUGCAGAGCCAGGCUACCUGGUCACCAAGGUGGUGGCAGUGGACAGAGAUUCAGGCCAGAAUGCCUGGCUGUCCUACCGUCUGCUCAAGGCCAGUGAGCCAGGGCUCUUUGUGGUGGGACUGCACACCGGCGAGGUGCGCACAGCGCGGGCCCUGCUGGACAGAGACGCGCUCAAGCAGAGCUUGGUGGUGGCCGUCCAGGAUCAUGGGCAGCCUCCUCUCUUGGCCACCGUCACACUCACGGUGGCUGUGGCCGACAGCAUCCCAGAUGUCCUGGCGGACCUGGGCAGCCUGGAGGUCCCGCACGACUCUGACGCUUCAGGCCUCACGCUGUACCUGGUGGUGGCUGUGGCUGCGGUGUCCUGCGUCUUCCUCGCCUUUGUCAUCGUGCUACUGGCGCUCAGAUUGCGGCAUUGGCACCUGUCGCGUCUGCUCCAGACUUCGGGCAGCGGGUUGGCUGGCGUGCCCGCCUCUCACUUUGUGGGCGUGGACGGGGUGCGGGCUUUCCUGCAGACCUAUUCGCAUGAGGUCUCGCUCACCGCGGACUCUCGGGGGAGUCACGUGAUCUUCCCGCAGCCCAGCUACGCAGACACGCUCAUCAGCCAGGAGAGCUGUGGGAAAAGCGAGCCUCUCUUGAUUCAGGAAGAUUUUUGUAAAGAGCAAGACUCCGCUGUUCAGGUGAGGUUAUUUGUUUUUAUUGUUCUUAUUUGA